AUGGCCUCGCCAUCGGACCGGACGCUCUACAAGUUCGAGCGCGAGAUUGGGCGCGGAUCGUACGGCCGCGUCUAUCGCGCGCGGCGCCGCUCGGACGGGCGGGAGGUCGCCGUCAAGGUGAUCCCUACCGAGGAGGAGGAGGAGGUGGCGGCGCUGGCGGCGCAGGUGAUGGCCGAGGCGGAGAGCCUGCGGCUGUGCGAGAGCGAGCACGUGCUCCGCCACCUCGCCUCGCACGCCUUCGACGGCGAGCUCUGGCUCGUCACCGAGUACUGCGAGGCUGGCUCGCUGCUCGACGUGAUGCGGAGCCGCGGCGCGCCGCUGCGCGAGGAGGAGGUGGCGGCGGCGGCGGCGGCGACGCUGCACGCGCUGCGCUACCUGCACGAGGAGUGCCGCAUGCUGCACCGCGACGUGAAGGCGGGCAACCUCCUUCUCACCGCGUCUGGCGACCUGCGGCUCGCCGACUUUGGCGCCGCUGCGCAGCUCGGUAUUUCUUCAUUUGUGAGUCACUCCUUUGUUUAUCGAGGCACGCCGCACUGGAUGGCUCCAGAGGUGAUCCAAGAGGCGCGGUUGGGGGAGUACUUCAUUAACGAACUCCUUCCAUUCUUUAAAGGCAUCACCGCCAUCGAGCUGGCGGAAGGGUUCCCCCCGCACUGGCAGCUGCGGCCGGCGCUGCGGGCUCUCUUCAAGAUCCCGUUGCCGCCUCGGCCCCUCGAGAUGACGCGAGAUGACCCGAGAUUGGCCGAGAGUAGGCUCUCUUCAAGAUCCCGUCCGCCCCGCCGCCCACUCUCUCCCAGCCGGAGCUGUGGGGGCGGCCCUUCGAGACCUUCCUGCAGUGGUGCCUCUGCAAGGCGCCCUCCCUAG